AUGACGUUGAGCAUCCGUUUCCUUUGGUGUCUUCGAUUUCGACGGUUGGUUGGCAACUUUUUAAUGGCGAUUUUGGUCGCCAGAGGGUUUCGUGUGCGAUAUGGCAGCGCACUUGCAGUUGGACUGUGGUUGAGGAGGUGGGUGGCGCUUGAUGGGAAAGGAGCGGACGGAAACUGCGUGGGGACGAUGUGGCACGAGAAUAUGGGAGCGCACUUGAAUUUGAUGGGAUCGAACGUCGUCUUUGGAUCGAGGACGUAG